AUGACAUCGGAGCUUGCACGCCUAAUGGGACUUUACCAUGCGUCAACAAUGGGCAAUUUAGUGAGCCUAGUCACGACCCAGGACGUUAGACUGACAAAGCGGUCAUGGUUCCAACUCGUCAGGUCUCCAAUAUCGAAUACAUUUGGGGCCGCCUCGGCAUGGGGAAACUUCUUGAGGUUUUGUGUCGACUGUCCACCGAAUGACGAGCACUGCUACGGCUCUCUAUAUUGUGUUUGUUCAGCGAUAAGUACCGUAUACAGCACAGCGAUGGCCUACUAUGAAUGGGCGGUGUUCGUAACGGCUGUGGUUAAGCGUGAUGGGACGCUACCCACUGACAUGUUUCAGUUUAGCUCGGGCAACUUAACUCUAGACUUCGAGCACGCGCACACGGUACAAAAACGUGAUCAGGAAAUAUCGAUACGGAAUGUGACGGCUUUAAUAGCAGGAAAGCCUAAGUUUCUACUGGACCUAGGCCACAGUGAGGGUGUUACAACAGCUUCACUGGAACUGCAUCCUAGCCUUGUUCACAACGCAACGGCACUCCGCAAACGUGACUGGCAGGACGACGGGCACCAGUAUUCAUCCGGGGGUGGAUUGAAAUUUAACGUAUGCCCAGUACACCCGGAACACCACCUGACAGUCCAGUAUGACUGGGACGCGGUGUGGGCCGAUGAUUACGACCACCUAGGCGACUAUAUGGCGUAUUAUAAUGUGGAUAUGGCUGCCAUCGACAUGAAUGAUUACCAGCCGGGUGGAUGGCGUACCUUGAUGCACACGGGCAAAUUGAUUUUCGAGGAGGAUAUAGGCUUCGGAACCAAUUUUGAGACCUGUGAUCGUGACGCUUUUAGCGGGAUUGCACACUGA